AUGAUGACCCUAGUCACAACAGAGAACAGCCUCAACACAAGAACAUUUAACUCUGAUCACAGAUAAUACACCUCACUAGGAGGUCUUGCGUUUCUGUGCGAUGCUUCGCCACGGCGUUCCGUUCCGCCACUCUAAAAACGCUAGUUUCUCCAUAAGGCAGAAAUCGAGCGGCGGAAGAAGGCCGAAGAAGAAAACGUACCACAGAGUGCCCGAACUUGACAGAGUAAUGGAGCUCCGCAAGAAGCCAUCCAUGAUUCUCCACCUCAGCUCCCUCAUCCAAUCCCAACCCCAAACCCUCUUCCUCCGCGACCUCGAGAAGCACGUGGGCUUCGUCCGCAAAUGGGCCUUCAUGGGCCUCAUGGAGAAGCAUCCCUCCCUCUUCCGCGUCGCCGGCACGCCCCCUUCCGUCUCCCUCACGGCCCGGGCCCUCCGCCUGGCCCAAGAGGAGACCCAUGCCCGAGCCCAAAUGGAGCCCCUCUUGGUUACUAACCUGCGGAAGCUGCUCAUGCUCUGCGUCGAUUGCAGGGUGCCGCUCGAAACGGUGGAGCUUCUUGGGCCUGAGUUGGGUCUGCCCUCCGAUUUUAAGGAUUGUUUGGUUCCCAAGUACCCGCAGUUUUUCGCGGUUAGGCGGUUCCGUGGAAGGGAUUCGCUUGCCUUGGAGGAUUGGGAUUCCACUUUGGCGCUCACUGCUAGAGAGUCUAGGUUGGCACAGGAAGGAGUUGUGAACCUGAAGGCAGAUGGAAAUAGGAGGAAGGUGAAGAUUUCAAGAGAUGGGAACUAUCUUGGUCCAUUUGCAUUCAAAAUGAAUUUUCCUGCGGGUUUUCGGCCAAAUGUUGGUUACCUUGAGCAGCUUGAGAGGUGGCAGAAGUUGGAGUUUCCUUCUCCUUAUUUGAAUGCGAGGAGGUUCGAUGCUGCUGAUCCGAAAGCUCGAAAACGGGCUGUGGCAGUGAUUCAUGAGCUUCUCAGCUUGACCAUGGAGAAGAGGAUGACAUCUUUACAGCUGGAUGCAUUUCAUGCAGAGUGUCUUUUGCCAUCUAAUUUACUUCUUUGCUUGAUAAAGCACCAAGGUAUAUUUUACCUCACCAAUAAAGGUGUAAGGAGUACUGUCUUCCUCAAAGAUGCUUAUCUUGGUUCCAACUUGAUAGAUAAGUGUCCUUUGUUGCAAUUUUAUGAUAAAUUUAUGGCACUCUGUGGUAGAGGAAAUAUUGAUCUGUGUGACAACAAUUCUUUAACAAUGGUUGUUUAGAAGAUGAAUUUGAUUGAUUUUUCAGUGGUAUGGGUACUGCAUCACUCCUAAUUGAGAAAGGAUAAGGAAAUUUAACUUGGAAAAGUACGCAGUAGUAAGGAUAUCACUCCUUACUAGGAGAAAAACAAUGGAAGUACAAUCUCCCGGAACUUUUACAUAAAAUUUGUUUUUGAUACUGAUUACAACUAGAUAGGUUGUGAUCACAAGUGAAAGUUGGCUUCACCAAUUUAGACUAUUUUCAUUGGUCCUCCCUUGCAGAUGUUGAGAUUUAAGUAAUUCAGAAAAGUUUUAUCAUGUAAAAUUCUGAUGCUGACAGUGCUUGGCACAUUUAUGAUUUAACUAUAUGCACAGUUCGGUCAAAUAAUUAAAUCAUUCCUCUUAAGACCUUUUCAGCGUGUUGAAAAAAACGCAUUUAUGAGUUCAUUAAAGGAGGGGCUAGGGAUGGGAGGAUUUAAAAUAUCAUUAUGCUUCCAAUGCUUGGUGUGAAUUUUGUAAUGAUAUUUCCCGUAAUCUGAAGGUGCUUGAAUGGAGAUUAUGGCACUAGAUGUAUACAUAUGCUUUGAUGGGGUCUUACCUUGUAUGUUUUCCUUAGUGAUAAGUUUAGGAGCUGUAAUCGCUUGAAGUGCACUAGAGUGGUGACUGCUCUAUUCGCUCAUAAAGAUUGUACACAUAUGAUUUUAUAAUUUAUAACGACAUUUGCCUUAACAUCAA